AUGGAUCCUAAUAAGAACUACCCCUACUUUCCCCCUCCUCCAGGACAAACUGGUGUUCCUCCGCCUCUUCCGCCCCGUAUCGUGAGUCCGGAGGCGGCUCAGUACCCACCGCAGCCGAAUGCCCAGACACCAUAUCCCCCAGCUCAACACUAUCAACCUCCUCAGAAUGUGGGAGGGUAUGUACCAGCCGCUGGUGGCUUCAACGUGCAACCGAUGCCCUCUCACGCUGCCCCUCCUCCCCUCUCCUAUCCAGCCAACCCGCAGGGAUACCCUACGGGAAGCUGGCUACAGCAGCCACAGCAGCCACAGCAUGUCGCGACGACUCCGUCUGCUCAGCAGCCGUACGGAUCACCCUCAACGCACGCGUAUCAGACGCCUAGCCCCGUUCCAUCCUCUACCAGACCCCCAAUGAAAAGCCAGCUGCAAACCAUUCAACCCUAUUUGAACACUCAAAAGCUACUUGGGUCCUAUCAGGAUCUCAAGUCUAAAGCGAGAACCAAACUUUCCCAAUAUCUUGUCCAACCUCCACAGCAACCAUCGCAGCCCAAUGCCCAUGUGAAACCUCACGCUCAAUAUCAAAACGUCAAUCCGUCAUCUGUGCCUCCAACUCAACCAGGAACGGCGAGUUCACAGCCUCAGUAUCAUUACCCUCAGGCCGCCCAGUAUCAUCAAGUCAUACAUACUGGUACUCCUCCGGGAGCAGUGCAGACGCCACCGCCUCACUCCUACAACGCCUCCGUGCCGGUACAACCUCAAAACCACCAUCAUCCUUCAACACCAACGGUACCUACGACUGUUCCACAAAGGCAGAGUAUAAUUCAACAACCCCAUCACCCAACACUGCCAGCAGGACAACCUUCCCCUGCUUUUAGUUCCCCUGCUGUAUCUCCGCCAAUAUCUUCCUUUCAACAUCACCCAAGUGUUUCCCCUGCAACUCCGAUCCCAAACAUACCUGGAGCUAUUCUGCCACAGCUUCCUCCUGUUCCAGCAGUUAACGAGCAGCCAAUACUUCAACAAGUUCCUCAGGCACAAUCCGUUCAACAGGCCCACGCUACGGAUAUUUACGAGGCCCCAAGCGAUGCUCGAUACUCCAUCCAUGAGCCCUAUCAUAGCCAACCGCCAAGUCAUUUGAACACACCCACAAACCAAACAACUGCAACUACCGUCAUUCCAGCGGAGGAAACACAAAGCGGCGCACCAUCCAACCAUGUACAGCAAAAUUACUACCCUCCUCCCCCACCAGUGCCUCAGAUGACACCUCCUGUAGGCAGCCAUGCAACCGGCCCUCAGGAGCCAAUUACAGGAUAUACUCCACCCAUUCCGAGUAUUUCUAAGCCAGUAGGGCCGCCAGGACCUGCCGAUACUCCAGUCUCGAAGCCUGAGACGCCUUAUCAUCCGGUCCAGGAUGUUCGAUCUGGACAUGUGGCUGCUCCACAACAGCAAAUUCCAGCUCCGGCCAUUGACCAAAUCUCCUCUCAACUGAGUCGAGUAAGCCUAAAGCCCACUCUUUUGCCGGACCCUACCCCUCUGGGCCCUGAAGAUGAAGACUUCCACGAGUGGAAGAGGCCGAUUCCUACUGUAGUCGAAGAUGGAAAACCCAACGACGUCAUCUGGGAGUGUCCGGAUCAGCGCGUUAUCGACUAUGAAUGCGAGUGGUAUCAUAUACCAGAGAUCCCGGAUUUUAUCGUCUGUACCCGCUGCCAUGAGAUGUACCUUUCAGGAACGCCUUCUUCAAGCUCGUUUACUCGUGUAAAACGGCCUGAAGGACGAUGCCGCUUUAACGUUCCUCGCAUUACCAGAGCGCUCCUUCCGGAAUAUCUCAAGACCAAAGAUUUCCAGCCUAUCAAGGACUUUAUGUCCAAGCGUCUCGAAGUACCGGACUGUCAUGGCCAAGCAGGUGUCAAGGGGACUGCGGGGAUCAAAUGGUUCAUACCUCUUGAGAAGAGUCUUUCGGACAUGGGUAUGAUCUCGUGCGAGGCUUGCUAUGAAGACAUCAUUCUCGGCACCUCACUGCGCCAGCAUUGGGGACCGCACGAUAAGAUACAAGCUGCAGACGCAAGCUGGGCUUGCGAUAUAUGCAUUCCUUUCCUCGGCAGGACCAUACUCAAAUACUCCAAACUACCCGGACAUACUUGGGAGGGUUGGGUGGAGGCAGCUGCCAAGCACGUAAAACUUCCUCAGUGCGAGAAAACCAAGGCUGUCUCCCCCUCCUCUAGGCGAUGGGUACAUCUCUGCGGGAAGAAGGUCCCGGAAAUGAAGAUCUGCGAAAAGUGUUACGAGGAGACACUAGCAUACACACCCCUUGGACUCGAAUUUGAACUGAUCGAUGUAGAGCCUAGCGCGACAGGCUUGGACUGGAUGGACGUGGCCCUUGGAUACCGCACGCAAGCCCCCGACCCCUGGGUCUGCAGCGCCUCAAGUUUUCCGGUGUACGUCGCGAUAGCAGCGGCUAAAUCACAGAAAGACAUCAACGUCCUCGUCAAGGCGGCAGAGGUCAUCGUGUCCUCUCCUUCAUGUACCGAGCAAGGCAUCGUCGAUGGGACAUGGUAUACUCUGGCUGGGGGCGGUUGCGACGACUUAAUGCUCUGUGCCGCGUGCUACGCUGCCUACGUCAACACAUGGAAACUCGACCGAUUCUACCAGAGGGUAACGGGGUUAGACAGCUCCCAGGCGUACCUGUGCAGCUUCCAGCGCUCGGCGCCGCGAUGGUUUCAGCAGUUGUACAGAAUGCAGGAGGGGAUCGAGACAGGAGUCUGGUCUAGAUAUUCUGCCUGGGUGCGUAAGUUCUCGGGGAUCCCGACGUGCCCUAAGAUAGAUCAGGUUGGUAACCGCAAAUGGUACGGCUGGGAUGACUGCACGAUUUGUCCAGAAUGCUGGGUUACCUUUUGCAAGGACUCGUCCCCUGCUCCUGGGGUCAAAAUGGAGUUUGACAACCAGCUUGUCGCCGAAACGAGGAUGUGCUGUAUGUACUCUCCACGCAUGCGAGGAAAGUGGGUAGAAGCGUGUAAGACGGGCAGCGCCGAUGAACUCGUGGAGUUUUCAAGGGUGAGGCAUGGUGUGUACGUUCAGACGGUUCUGCAAAUCCGGAUGUUGAGGCAGAUGCAGGAGAUGCAAAUGAUGAACGCCAUGCAUGCUGGAAUGAUGAGCAUUACGUAUCAGGGGAUCGAGAGUAUAAAGCUUAUCAAUGGUACAGGAGAUGGAUAUAUGCACGGCAACAGCACACUUGGGUGGCAUGAGACGGCAGAAGGCGCCACAAGCGCGGCGUUCAGGAACCAGAUGUCCGCGGGGAUGAGCCAGUCUAAUAGCGCCAGCACUUGGAUGAUGAUCGCACAGCUGACGGAGCAGUGGUCACAAGUUGAGUAG